AUGGCGGCCAAUUUCACCACGCCCUGGUUGGACACCGGUGACAAUGCGUGGCAGUUGACGGCAGCUUCGCUUGUCGCGCUGCAAAGUGUGCCGGGCCUCGUCGUCCUAUAUGCUGGCAUCAUGCGCAGUAAAUGGGCGAUUAAUAGCGCGUUCAUGGCUUUCUACGGUUUCGCAGCUACGCUCAUUACUUGGGUUCUCUGGGCCUACAAGAUGGGAUUCGGUAUAUACAUGUUACCCUUCGUCGGACGCCCCGGUCCCGUCGUGACCAUGGCCCAAGAACUUGAGCAAUCCUGCUUGCCAUCCGCCGCUCUGUGCCAAAACUUCCCCCUCAGCACCAUGGUGUAUUUCCAGUUUGUUUUCGCAGCCAUCACCAUCGUCAUCAUGGCAGGUGCUUUCCUGGGCCGCAUGAACUUCCACGCUUGGAUGAUCUUCGUCCCGCUCUGGAUCACCUUCUCCUACACAAUUGGAGCCUACAGUCUUUGGGGCGGUGGAUUCCUCUUCCAGCGCGGCGUGAUCGAUUAUUCCGGUGGAUAUGUCAUCCACAUAUCUUCUGGGACAGCAGGUUUCGUAGGCGCCCACUGGAUCGGUCCACGUCUGGCGGCUGAUCGCGAAGAUUCGCGUCCAAAUAACAUUCUUUGUGUAUUGAUCGGAGCAGGCAUCCUCUGGAUCGGCUGGAACGGUUUCAAUGGUGGUGAUCCAUACGCCGCUUCCGCAGACGCUGGUGCAGCCGUUCUCAACACUAACGUGGCGACCGCCAUGUCUCUGCUUUGCUGGACAAUCUGCGAUAUGAUCUACUACAAGAAGCCCUCUGUUCUCGGUGCAGUGCAAGGAAUGGUCACUGGUCUCGUGGCGAUCACUCCCGCAGCUGGUGUUGUUGCCGGGUGGGGAGCAAUCUGCAUUGGUUUUGCCAGUGGCACCAUCCCAUGGCUAAGCAUGAACAUCAUGGGCAAGAAGGUCGCCUACUUCCGCAAAAUCGACGACACCCUCGGCGUCUUCCACACCCACAUGGUCGCAGGCUUCGUGGGCGGGAUGUGCGUCGGCCUCUUCGCGACCGUCGAGGGCUGCGCCGCCUUCGGCCUCACCAACCCCGGCGGCGCCAUCGAGGGCAACGGCAAGCAAGUGUACCUCCAGCUCUACGGCGCCCUAUUCGUCAUCGCAUGGAACAUGGUCUGGACAUCGCUCAUUAUGUGUUUCAUCAAGUACGUGUUGCGCAUCCCGUUGCGGAUGAGCGAGGCGGAGUUGCUGGCUGGUGAUGAUGCGAUCCACGGCGAGGCGGCGUAUGUCCUCGGCCCAUGCGAGGCGCAUGAGCAUUUGCUGGCUGGACACUAUAUCAAGAGAAGCGAAACGGGACCGGGCGAGUUGGGCAUGGGAGGUGCGAUUAUCGGGCACGAUCCGCAUGCCGGGGCUGCGCAUGAGAAGAGCGCUACUGGGAAUGGGACCGGGUCUUCGGAGAUCAAGCACGAUUGA